AUGUCGUUCGCUCAAGUGGUCGUAUUUCUUGUUGCGGUGCUGACCUUGGGUUACAUUCGACUGCGUCGUGGCAUAUCUUAUUCCGGUGGUGUUCCGCGAGUGGGGAAACCAGGUGUCUGGGGAUACAUUCAAACAGCUAUCAAGUAUACACUGGAUGCGGAGAAUCUCAUCAUAGAGGGGAGGACACAGUUCGACAACAAGCCUUUCGUCUUACCAACACUGUCAGGACCAAUUUUCAUCCUGGGACCAGAAUAUUUGGAACGCGUAAGGUCAGGUCCAGACAGUGUGUUCAGUGAGAUAAUUGCCGUCAAUGAAGAUCUUCAGCUGCCGUAUACAAUGGACGCGAACCAGCUCGACAAUCCAGUUCAAGCCCACGUAAUGCGGACCGAUGUCAACCGCGCUAUUCCUGCUAUGAUCCCUGAGAUUUUCGAAGAAUCUGUCUUGGCCAUGGAUGAAACUUUCAAGAUCCCGAACGGUCAAGACUCCAUUAGCAUACCCAUUUUCGACACCAUGACACAUCUAAUUGCUAGAAUUAGUAAUCGUGUUAUUUUCGGUGAAGAGAUGUGUAGGGAUGAAGGAUUCUUGCAUGCAAUCGUACGGUUCGCAGAGACAACACCCAUGAUGGCACCGUUUAUUCAGUGGAGUCCGGUGGUUCUUCGUCCCAUUGUGUAUUUCGUACUUUCAUCAUUAUUCGGAGGAAAGAAAGGUGCUCUGAAGUAUGCGAUUCCGCAUCUGGAACGGUACAUGAAAAAACGCCAAAGCAUGACUGAAAAACCUAAGCUUGUGUCAGAGUUCAUGAUCCAAGGUGUGCCACAGCACGAGAAAGUCCAGGAGAUUGCGGUCCGGUUACUCAAUCUUAACUUUGGAAGUAUACACACAUCGUCGAUCUUCAUCACACAGACACUUUUCGAACUCGUUUUGUUGCCUCCCAGUGACAUUGAAAGCAUGAGGCAGGAAAUCGGCGAAGCCUUGGAGUGCGAGGGUGGAUGGACCAAAGAAGCUUUGGACAAGCUCAACAAGGUGGAUUCGGCCUUGCGCGAGAUAGGAAGGUACUACGGCUUAAUGCACUUUGCACUUCCUCGCUGUGCCGUUGUUGGUUAUGAUUUGGGAAACGGAACUCAUAUCCCACCGGGUUAUAGAGUUGCGAUCGACAUGAAAAGGAUACACUUCAAUCCUGAUACUUACCCCGACCCAAAUCGAUGUGACAUCUUCCGCUUCUCAAAGUUGCGCUCUGAGGAGAGCUCGGGAGCGAAGUAUGCCUUCGCCACUGUAGACUCAAAUUAUCUCCCAUUCGGUGCAGGUCGUCAUGCUUGUGCUGGUAGACAGUUUGCUUCUAUGGAGUUGAAGAUCAUGUUGGCCCACAUCUUGUUGAAGUAUGACGUUAGCCUUCCUCCUGGGAUCACAGAGCGCCCUAAGAAUGUUAUCUUCAACGGGGCCAUCGUUCCGGAUACCAAGGCCAAUCUGAUCUUUAAGCCAAGGUCAGGUCAUGGAGGGAAAGUGGGUUGA